GUUAACGGAUGUUACGCCUAACUAGCCAGGUGGCUAAUGUUUUGGUUAGCGCUUAUUAUUUUGGUAAUAAUCAGCUGAAAGCGGCUUGAAUAGACAUUUAAUUAAUUCGUGGAAUAAAAAAAACAACUGGCCGACUUGUAUGCACCUCGGUUUUCUUCUGUGUUAAGAAUUGGAUGUGAUGCUAGCAUCGCGAUAGGUAGCUAGCUCGCUAGCAUCAUCGUUAAUUAGCAAAGCGUUAAGAGCUGACUCGUCGUUCACAUCGCUGCGUCAAAAAUAAUUACUUAAUGUACAUUUUUAUGCAACAGGUUUCCGAACUAAUGUCAGCUUAUCUUCGGCAAAGAACAUGACUGAUAACGAAGUUCAGGUUGAGGUCCAACAGCUGGAAGAGCCACCGUCAGGGAAAGAUGCGUUUGUGGACCCAUCGAGGGAGAACAACAUGAGCGGCGAGGAGUCGGACUGCACCGAGAGUCUGCAGAGCUUCCAACAACGAGAGGUGGAGUCACUGUUGCUGUUGGCAGAUGUUGCUCUGGCGCCACCUUUUGGUGCACAUGUGUCCUGCAGGUGCCUGGAGGUCAGACGGAUGGAGGGGAGCCUCCAGUCCAUCCAGCUGCAGUUCCUGUUCCUUAAGAGCAAAGCAGAUGGCUUACAAGACUGCCUCGUCAGUGGGCAGGGUUCUCUAGAGGGAGAGGCUCUUGCUGCUGCAGUGCUAAGCCUCCUGCACACCUGCCAGCCUUACUUUAACUACGUGGAAUCCACAGCUAGGAGCACCGUGUCACAACACACCCAUCUGCCUGCUGACAUCUGCUUGACAAGGCGUGUACAGCUGUUGGACUUCUCUGAACAGCUGUGUGACAGGUUGGAGCAGCUGGUGUUGACCUUCGCCAGCUAUAAUCUUCUCUGUUUGGAUGAGACUGAGCCUAACGGUGUGUCUCACUUCUGCAUCGGCCAGUUUCAGCUCAGCCGACUGAGGAUGACCAUUUUCCGUUACUGUAAGCCGACACCGUACCUGGCCCAGGGCGACACUGGACUGUAUAAAUGCAUGCGCUGGAACGUGGAGCGACUCCGAGACAAGCAGCAGAAAGACAAAGAGCACUCAGGAGAGAGUGACGAGGAAGAGGAAGAAACAGUCGUCGAAACUGACUACUACUUCCUGUGCUACGAGGACAUUCCAAAUGCCCACGCCGACGCUGACAAGGACAACCAAAGUGUGUCUAAUGGCAGCAUGGUGAGGAUGUGGUCCAUCGGUCAGUGGGUGCAGGUGUACCCUGAUCCUGACACAGAGGAUAUCUGUGACUGGAUCUUGUGCGACGUCCCACAGGCCGACUAUGACAGACUGUUGUUUCUGGGCAGUGAUGAGCCGUCGUGCUGCAGUGCUACAGACUACCUGCAGCAGCUGCUGUCACACCUGACAGACUGACGCGAGGCCCUGCAGAAGUGUGUCUGUUGAUGGAGAUGUCAUGGAGCAUGUAGAGACUAGAGCAGUUCAACUCUCACAGGAUGUUGCAAAUCCGUGAGCUAGUGUUCAGCUGAUGUGAGAUUCUCAGGUUAAACAUCUGGUUUCAGAUUCAGGACCGGUUGAUUCAAACAGUGUCAAGUUUGUGUGUGAACCUUCAAAGAGGAGAAGGUGUGUUUUCAUAAUAUGCUGUGUUAAAAGCAAAGUUUUAUUGUCUACAAUAGUUGUGUGAAGGAUA